AUGUUUGGGAUCCAAGAUACGUUAGGAAGAGGGCCGAUCCUGAAAGACAAGGUGCUGGGGUCGGAGAUGGAUCCGGUCCGCUCUUGGGUCAGGAACGUUGGCGUGGUGGAUGCCAACAUCGCCGCUCAAAGCGGCGUGGCGUUGUCUCGAGCCCACUUCGAAAAACAGCCUCCCUCCAACUUGAGGAAAUCCAACUUCUUCCACUUCGUCUUGGCUCUCUACGACCGCCAGGGUCAGCCCGUGGAAAUCGAGCGGACGGCGUUCGUGGACUUCGUGGAAAAUGACAAAGAACAAGGCAACGAAAAGACAAAUAAUGGGACACACUACAAAUUGCAGCUUCUGUACAGCAAUGGUGUCAGGACUGAACAAGAUCUAUUUGUCAGACUCAUUGAUUCAGUCACAAAACAGCCUAUCGCCUAUGAAGGACAAAACAAGAACCCGGAAAUGUGCAGAGUUCUACUCACCCAUGAAGUUAUGUGCAGUCGUUGCUGUGAAAAGAAGAGCUGUGGAAAUCGUAACGAGACUCCCUCAGACCCCGUGAUCAUUGAUAGAUUCUUCUUAAAAUUCUUCCUCAAGUGCAACCAGAACUGUUUGAAGACUGCAGGAAACCCUCGAGAUAUGCGACGAUUCCAGGUUGUAUUAUCAACAACAGUGAAUGUUGACGGGCAUGUCCUGGCAGUAUCAGACAAUAUGUUUGUUCACAACAACUCAAAACAUGGGCGAAGAGCAAGGAGACUUGAUCCUUCAGAAGCCACCCCAUGCAUCAAAGCAAUUAGUCCAAGUGAAGGCUGGACCACUGGUGGAGCAAUGGUGAUCAUUAUAGGGGACAACUUUUUUGAUGGGCUUCAAGUCGUAUUUGGGACCAUGCUUGUGUGGAGUGAGCUGAUCACCCCACAUGCCAUCCGUGUCCAAACACCACCUCGUCACAUCCCUGGCGUGGUUGAAGUAACAUUAUCGUACAAAUCCAAACAAUUUUGCAAAGGAGCUCCUGGUAGAUUUAUUUAUACAGCUUUAAAUGAGCCAACCAUAGACUAUGGUUUCCAAAGACUCCAGAAGGUCAUCCCGAGACAUCCUGGUGAUCCAGAAAGACUAGCAAAGGAGAUGCUUUUGAAACGAGCAGCUGACCUAGUCGAAGCACUGUAUGGGACACCACAUAACAAUCAGGACAUUAUUCUGAAGCGAGCUGCUGAUAUUGCGGAAGCUCUCUACAGUGUCCCAAGAAAUCCAGGUCAGAUCCCUACUUUGUCCAGCUCUCCUGCUCACAGUGCCAUGAUGGGCAUCAACUCCUAUGGCAGCCAGUUGGGAGUCAGCAUCUCUGAGUCCACACAAGGGAAUAAUCAAGGCUACAUCCGCAACACAAGCAGCAUAUCUCCACGAGGUUAUUCCUCCAGCACAACCCCUCAGCAGUCUAAUUACAGCACCCCCAGUAACAGCAUGAACGGCUACAGCAAUGUCCCCAUGUCCAACUUGGCUGUUCCCAGUUCACCUGGAUUUAUUAAUGGUUCUCCCACAGGAUCGCCCUAUGGCUUGAUGUCUUCAAGCCCCACAGUUGGUUCUUCAAGCAGUUCCUCCAUCCUUCCAUUCUCCUCCUCUGUCUUUCCUGCUGUCAAACAAAAGAGUGCCUUUGCUCCUGUCAUCCGACCCCAGGGGUCCCCUUCCCCAGCGUGCUCCACUGGCAAUGGAAAUGGGUUUAGAGCCAUGACUGGUCUUGUUGUACCUCCAAUGUGAAGAGAAGAGAAGGCAUUGCUGGGAUUUCUUCCCUGCCUCCCCCGGUCCUUUUUUUUUUUUCUACAGCACAAAACUACUUAUU